UCUCAUCUAGAAAGUGGAAAAUCAGUCAUAAACGUACCUCAGAAUUAGGAAAAACAGUACCUGUGCUGCACACCUACGUGUAUUUGAGACCCCAGCAAGGAUGCAAUUGUGCUGUGAAUCAGUAAAUGGCUCUUGUAUAAGGAGCAACUGGUCAAACAGUAUCCGUAUUUCCAUGUACAUCUUCAUGGUUUGCAUUAUUCUGGCCACAGUGGUUGGAAAUCUGACAGUUAUCAUCUCUAUAUCACAUUUCAAGCAGCUCCACACGCCUACAAAUUUCCUGAUACUUUCAAUGGCUACUGUAGACUUCCUGCUGGGAAGUUUCAUCAUGCCUUGCAGUAUGGUGCGCUCUGUUGAGCACUGCUGGUAUUUUGGGGAGUUCUUCUGCAAGAUCCACACGAGCACUGACAUUAUGCUGAGCACGGCUUCCAUCUUCCAUCUUUCCUUCAUAUCCGUCGACCGUUACUAUGCUGUGUGUGACCCUUUGAGAUACAAAGCAAAGAUAAAUGCUUUUGUCAUCGUGGUCAUGAUGUGUAUAAGCUGGAUGGUGCCUGCUGCUUUUGCUUUUGGGAUGAUCUUUCUAGACCUAAACUUGAGAGGGGCAGAAAAGAUUUAUAAUCAUGUCCACUGUGCAGGAGGAUGCUUUCUCAUUUUUAGCGAAACUUCAGGUAUUGUGGCCUCCACAGUGUCUUUUUACAUCCCUGGAUGUAUUAUGCUGUACAUCUAUAGGAAAAUAUACUCUGUGGCCAAGAAGCAGGCAAAAUCCAUCGAUGCAAUUAGCAGGAAAAAAAUGCAAUUUGAAAUGAAGCACCACAUUUCAUUCUGCAGAGAAAGGAAAGCUGCUAAGACUUUAGGCAUCAUAAUGGGAGUGUUUCUCAUCUGCUGGACUCCGUUCUUCUUCUUUACAGCUACCAAUCCAUUUAUGAAUUAUGUGAUACCUCCUGUUUUCAUUGAUGCUUUGGUUUGGUUUGGCUAUUUAAAUUCCACACUUAACCCAAUUGUUUAUGCGUUUUUUUACAUGUGGUUUCGCAGGGCAUUGAAAAUUAUUCUGUUUGGAAAAAUUUUUCAACAGGACUCUUCCAGGACUCAUUUGUUUUCUGACUAAUAUGUUUUAAAUGGUUGCAUUCAUGGCUUUGAACUUUUGCCUGGAGGCUGAACUCCCAGAUCUAAGAGCUAUGAAGGAAGGAAACACCUAUUUGUUUGCCUAUUUACCAAAUUUAGUUCAAGCAGAUAAGCGAUCAUUGUGCUUCACAAAUUCUUUCAUUCCAGAUUGGGUUUUGUAUGCAGUGUUUUGAUUAUAUUUAUUUAUUUGCAAUGCACAUAAGAGCAAGACCUCAAUUUAAAAAAACUUAUAGCAGUUUAUAACCCUGAUUUUCAUAAUUAAAAAACUAUUCUGACACAACAGAUUAAUUUCUUGAACAAGGUGUGUUUAUAUUACGAUAUUUGUGUUUGUGUUCUUCUCUAGAAAGAGCAGAAAAACCUUUUCUUUUGAAUUUCUUUGCAUCCUUGGCUAAUAACCCAAAGCUCUCUAAGUUUUGUCCUUCCCCUUCCGUAUGUGUACAGUGUUCAAAACAGGCCAAUAACCAGCCAUACCAGCACACUCCAUGGAGGGAAGGGGAGGCAGAGAAAAGUUGGGCUGCUCUUUCUGUUUCAACUAGUACUUGGCACCUAUGAGUUUGUCACUUAAAGGCUUUGCUGCUUAAUGAGAUCAAAAGCAUGUUUAGCAAGAUCAAAGAUAAGAAAAAAUAUGAAGUGGAAAGCAAUUGCAAAAAAGCUGCGUUGCACCUGAGAAUGCCAGAAAAUUAUGUCUAUCUGUGACUCUUUAGAUGUAAAACAUUUUUGCUACUUUGCAUCUUAGAGAACUUUUUUUAGCUUGAACAUGUUAUUUUGUCUCAUGCCAAUGCUGUAAGAGCUUUUGAGGAAAGCAUAUAGAGAAUUGUGAAGAAAUCCUGUGGUUGAACUCAGCUGGAUUAUGAAGGAACAGUACUGAGAGUGGGCAGGAAAUGAUCAGUAUCUGAGAAGAGAACAUGGAGAGAAAUUGAUGACUGUACUAAAGUAAGAGCUACACUCAGCAGUAUGUCCUCCAUUUGUGUUCCUGGUAAAAGUGCAUCAUAUCUGUAUUUUGUUUUUGUUUUCUGUAAUUUGUAGGCCACUGAAGCAAUCUAUGCUGAAAAGCUUAAAAGUUGAAUGAUGAUAUAUUUCAGCAAGACAAAGUAUCAGGAACUGAAAUUGUGUAUUUUGCCAAUAUAUUUUCAUUGUCAUCUUGUAAAGUUUGCCUGCCUAAAAAUGACAUAAAAAGGAACAAUGAAAUGUAUCAGCACUUCUUUUGUCGAUCCAUGCUAAUGACAAUAUGACUGCUUUAACUUUAAUACUUAAUGUCACAAAAAU